CUCGGUAAGAAGUUGCGCGCAGGCAACUUGACCAGCCCAAAAACUCAUGAAAGGCAACAUGAGGCAGUGGGCGCUCACAUGUGAUUGCACAGUAUACGGUAGACGUGAACUUACAAAAAUGUAUGUAUACAAUAGGGAAGUAAUACAUUUUAAUAAUUACAAAAACAAGUAGUCUGUGUGCACAAAAAAAAUAUGAAAUUUAAACAUGAUCAUGACAGAUUAGUUUAAAGCAUUGCUUAGGGGAAAAAAAGCUGUACAUAGCACUAUGUUCAGUACAGCACAUACUCAGAAAUUCGAUCCGCGACUAUGCAUAAAAGGCACGGCUGCUACUUCUGUUGCAGGUUGUUGGAAAUCUGUUGGAAGCUUAAUUAUUGGAUGCCUUGGAUAUUGGAUCGCAUUGUUUCUACAAAGGGUGGGCGAAUAGUCGAAGUUUCGAACACGAAUCGAAUAUUUAAGUAUUCGUAUAUGCUCUAUUCCGUAUUUUCGAAUAUCGAAACUAACCAAAUAUUUCACGACAACCGUCUGUUAAAGUCACUUUGCUGUUCUCUGUCUGCUGAAGGAGUCUCGCAAAUUACCAGAAGUAAAACAAGGACAGAAGUUCGAAGCAGUGCACAAUCAAAAUGGCCGGGUAAUGCAAUUGCUUUGUUUUCGGUUUCGCGACGGAAGCCUACAUGAAAACCGGUUAUUAUUGUUGUAGUCUGUAAUUCAGCCUUUCAUGCAGUCUGGUCACGUAGCAGUUUUAUCUUUUACGCUAAAACCAGUGGAUAUAUUUCUUGAAACGGGCCAUCUUACAUGUGUCCAUAGCAUACAAAUUCCGCAAGUCUUUUCUUUUUCUACAACUUGUGACCUUUUUUUAACAACCAUUCAUUUAGUGUUUUUUUUUUUAGAAAGCUAUAGUCAUACAGAAGCCAUUCAUCCUUGGAAAGCUUGUUUGCAACCAACCUCUAUGGAUGUUGAGAGGCUGUGGAGAGGCUGAUGUUGAUUGUUGAGAGGCUGUUCCUGCAGUUUUUAUUAUUAUUAUUAUUAUUAUUAUUAUUAUUAUUGACGAGUGAUAUAUGCGUCUACUUUUGACUAUUCGAUUCGAUAUUCUAUUCGUUAUAUUCGAUGCUUACUAUUUGUAUUCGAUUCAUAUUCAAACAAUUUUAUAUUUGCAGUCUCCCGCCUCUCUCUCUCUCUCUAGUAGUCUUUACGGAAGUGUGUUUCGCGCGAGAAUAAUGUGUGCACCCAUUCCUUCGCUGGCGUCGCAGGUGGAACGCAAGGCUGGCGACCGGGCGGGCUCCGAGGACGACGAGGACGGGGGCAGCCUGCUGCGCAUGUCCGAGAACUCGCUCAACCUGUGCCUGCUGGGCGCCGCGGUCGGCGGCAUGACGCUGGGAUGGCACAUCCGCAACCACGGCGUGUCGGCCCGCCUGUUGCAGCUGAUAGACUUCCCGGGCGAGCUGUACAUGCGCAUGCUCGAGUGCCUCGUCAUGCCCGUGGUCGCGUCCAGCAUCGUCGCCGGUCUCGGCAGCGUCGACAUCAUGCUGGCCGGACAGAUCGGGCUGCUCGCCAUGCUCUACUUCGUGGUCGCCACCGGCAUGGCGUCGGCCAUAGGUAUCGGCGUAGCGCUGGUGCUGGGACCACAGAACGAGCCCUACUGCCGGCGUCAGUUCAGCAGCCAGAUUGACGGCUUCCUAGACCUGCUCAGGAACCUCUUCCCCGACAACUAUCUCGCAGCUUGCCUCCUCUCCUCGCGCACCUACAUCGCUCCGCAAAACGACAGUGGCCUGGUGGACGACGAAAAUAUUUACCUGGUGAUGAACGAUCGGACCAACAUCCUGGGCCUCCUGUCUGUGUCGGUGAUGCUGGGCGCCGUGCUGUCGGUGACGGCGAGCGAGUCGGACUCGCUGCUCAACCUUUUCGUGGGCCUGAGCAACGCCACGGUCACGGUGUCCCAGCUGACGGCCUGGGUCUCGCCCGUGGGCGUCUUCUUCCUGGUGGCCACCCGGCUCUCGCAGACGAGCGAGCUGGACCACGCGUUCGUAGCCAUGCGCACGCUCCUGCUGGUCAGCGUGGCCGCUCUGGCCGCCUACGGACUCGGGCUUCUGCCAGUCUUGUACGUGCUCGUCACCAGGAAGGUAACUGGCUCGUCGCCUUGGCAUGUUUGGCUGCGUCGAAAGACGCAACAGGGUUUGUUACCGCUCGUGGAUGUCUGCAGCGCUCCGGAAUUAAAAACGGUAUUGUUGCGACGCUGCCCUGUUGGCGCCAAUUAUGAGUAG